AUGCCAUUGGACCUAGGAGCUGAAAUCUCGAUCGUGGACACCGCCUUUGCUCGUAAGGUAGGGUGGGUCGUUGACGAGAAUCAGAAACAAGAGAGUGUGGGGAUAGGUGAAAACACGUACAUGGUCGAAGGACGUACCAAACUCAAGAUCACCCUAAAUGAAUUGCUAGUAUUCUCUUUUGACGUGCAGGUGGACGAUCAAGUCGGUCAUGAGGUGAAGUGA